GCGGCGGGGCCGGGCGGCCCUGCGGGCGGGCGGGCGGCCGGACCGGGCAGGGCGGCGGGGACGGGGGCAGGGCCAGGGUCGGGCCGCGGGUGCCGCUGCCCGGAGUUGCCGCUGCCAGGGGCCCCCCCGCAGGUGAGCGGCCUUGGGCUGCCGGCCUCGGCCCGGCCCGGCCCGGCCCCGCCGGCGGCUGCUGCCUGCUGCCAGCACCGCGCUCCCUGCCCCCGGCUCUCCCUUCCCAAACACGCCUCGUUGGGAAACGGCGUUGCGUCGUGCGGAUAGACAGGCACGGUGUCUUCUCUUUGUUUAUUUAAGAAAAUGAGAGUGUGCGGAAAAUGACUUUUAACUUAAACAAAGAGUUGGAAAAUGUCUUCGCUGAGGGCAGGUGCCGUUACUGAGGUGGCUACCGUGUUCCUUUUUUUUUUUUUUUUUUUUUUUUGUUAACUGCAGUUUUCCUGCAAAGGAAAACUCCCGGAGGCCUUUCGCUUACCUUAAACAGAUUUGCUUCUGUAGUCAUAUGUUUUCAAGCACUUUCCCGGCGUUUGAUGUUCCCCAAGCUUCUGCAGGUUGGAACAGAAGAUUUCAGUGGGACAGUCCAGUAUUUGAGCUCAGGACUGCCUGUCCUGAUCUCUGUGAAUAAAGGUUCACUUCAGUUUGAAGACAAAUGGGAUUCCAUGCGCCCAAUUGUUCUGAAACUUCUUCGUCAGGAGUCUGUCACGAAACAGCAGUGGUUUGAUCUGUUUUCAGAUGUACAUGCAGUUUGCUUGUGGGAUGAUAAAGGUCCAGCAAAAAUCCAUCAAGCUCUGAAGGAAGACAUCCUUGAUUUUAUUAAACAGGCACAAGCAAGAGUGCUGAGUCACCAGGAUGAUACAGCUCUACUCAAAGCCUACAUCGUGGAGUGGCGCAAGUUCUUCACCCAGUGUGACAUAUUGCCCAAGCCCUUCUGUCAGUUAGAGAUAACUCUGAUGGGCAAGCAGGGCAGCAACAAGAAGUCCAACGUGGAGGACAGCAUUGUUCGAAAGCUCAUGCUAGAUACGUGGAAUGAAUCCAUAUUUUCAAAUAUAAAAAACAGACUUCAGGACAGUGCAAUGAAGCUAGUUCAUGCUGAAAGACUAGGAGAAGCUUUUGACUCCCAGCUUGUUAUUGGAGUUCGAGAAUCAUACGUUAACCUUUGUUCUAAUCCUGAAGAUAAACUUCAGAUAUAUCGGGAUAACUUUGAAAAAGCAUAUUUGGAUUCAACAGAGAGAUUUUAUAGAACACAGGCUCCUUCUUAUUUACAACAAAAUGGUGUACAGAAUUAUAUGAAAUAUGCAGAUGCUAAACUAAAAGAAGAAGAGAAAAGAGCACUACGAUAUUUAGAAACAAGACGAGAAUGUAACUCUGUAGAAGCACUCAUGGAGUGCUGCGUCAAUGCCCUGGUGACAUCUUUUAAAGAGACUAUUUUAGCUGAAUGCCAAGGCAUGAUCAAACGAAAUGAAACAGAAAAGCUGCAUUUAAUGUUUUCACUGAUGGAUAAAGUUCCGAAUGGUAUAGAGCCUAUGCUAAAGGAUUUGGAAGAACAUAUUGUUAGUGCUGGACUUGCAGACAUGGUAGCAGCUGCUGAAACUAUUACUACUGAUUCUGAGAAGUAUGUAGAGCAAUUGCUCACGCUAUUUAAUCGGUUUAGCAAGUUGGUUAAAGAAGCUUUUCAAGAUGAUCCAAGAUUUCUCACUGCCAGAGAUAAGGCAUACAAAGCAGUUGUGAAUGAUGCUACAAUAUUUAAACUUGAAUUGCCAUUGAAGCAAAAGGGAGUUGGAUUGAAAACACAGCCAGAAUCCAAAUGCCCUGAGCUUCUUGCUAAUUACUGUGACAUGUUGCUAAGAAAAACACCACUAAGCAAGAAACUAACCUCUGAAGAAAUUGAAGCAAAGCUUAAAGAAGUGCUUUUGGUACUUAAAUAUGUACAGAAUAAAGAUGUUUUCAUGCGAUACCACAAAGCUCACUUAACAAGACGUCUGAUAUUGGAUAUAUCAGCUGAUAGUGAAAUUGAGGAGAAUAUGGUAGAAUGGCUCAGAGAAGUGGGAAUGCCAGCAGACUAUGUAAACAAGCUGGCUAGAAUGUUCCAGGAUAUCAAAGUCUCUGAAGACUUGAACCAGGCCUUCAAAGAAAUGCACAAAAAUAAUAAACUUGCUUUACCAGCUGACUCUGUGAAUAUUAAAAUUUUAAAUGCUGGCGCCUGGUCCCGAAGUUCUGAAAAAGUGUUUGUCUCGCUGCCCACGGAAUUAGAAGAUCUCAUCCCAGAGGUUGAAGAAUUUUAUAAAAAGAAUCACAGUGGUAGAAAACUCCACUGGCACCACCUCAUGUCCAAUGGAAUUAUAACUUUUAAGAAUGAGGUUGGCCAGUAUGACUUGGAGGUAACAACAUUUCAGCUGGCUGUGCUGUUUGCAUGGAACCAAAGACCCAGAGAGAAGAUCAGCUUUGAAAAUCUUAAAUUGGCAACUGAACUCCCUGAUGCAGAACUUAGGAGGACUUUAUGGUCUCUUGUAGCAUUUCCAAAGCUGAAACGUCAGGUCUUAUUAUAUGAACCUCAAGUCAAUUCACCCAAAGACUUUACAGAAGGAACCCUCUUCUCGGUGAACCAGGAGUUCAGUUUAAUAAAAAAUGCUAAAGUUCAGAAAAGGGGCAAGAUAAAUUUGAUUGGUCGAUUGCAGCUUACUACAGAGAGAAUGCGGGAAGAGGAGAAUGAAGGAAUAGUCCAGCUAAGAAUAUUGCGAACCCAGGAGGCUAUCAUCCAAAUAAUGAAGAUGCGGAAGAAAAUCACUAACGCCCAGCUUCAGACUGAACUGGUAGAAAUAUUGAAAAACAUGUUCUUGCCACAAAAGAAAAUGAUAAAAGAGCAAAUUGAAUGGCUUAUAGAGCACAAAUAUAUCAGAAGAGAUGAGUCAGAUAUCAACACCUUUAUAUACAUGGCAUAAUUGGAGGACUCUGCGGGAUGCUGAGAACAUAAAUGGAAGGGUGCUUGGACAGACAGCUGCAACAGUUCAUGCUGCAGAAGGACUUGUUUUGACUUUCGUUACAUAUUAAAAUCCCUGCCUUACAGAGGACUAUAUUUUGCCAAUCUCAUUCAGCUAGCAUGAUGGCAUUCCCUUCAUGUUGCACACUUUUAACAGCAUGCUGUUUUGUGGGAAACUUGCAUUCAUGAAGAGCCCAUUGUGAACUUUUUAAAGUAGAUUUGAUUUACACCCACCAGGAAGAAUAAAGGUUUGGGUUUUUAGAUGACCAGUACUUGCACAAGGAAAAAAUAUUCAAAUAUUCAUGCACUGAGGAACUGCUAUUAGUUUUGUUUUGGGUUUGUUUUUUGUUUUGUUUGGUUUUGGUUUUUGGGUUGGUUUUUCUUUUCCUGUAAUGCAAUUAGGACUAGAAGUAGCACUUUCACUUCUGUGUUUUGGAUCAAGAGAGUAAUGUACUGUCCAUCUCUGAUCCUUUUCAUGUAAUAACAUUUGAGAGACACAAACACAUGUGUCACAACUGAUACGUAUUUUUUACAGUUAAAACCUGUUGGCUAGAGCAGUGCUUCAAUCUAGUAACUGGAUUUUAAUAAUUGACAUAUUAAGUGACAUUAAAGUAAUUCCAAGUCAUGGGUGAUAUUUUUCCCUAAGCAAGAGAUCAUUGUUUUUAAAUUGUUUCCUGUAAACAAGUAGAUAUGUUGUUACUUUAUUUGGAGGGGUGAUUUGCUACAAUCCUUUUUGACAAGGUAAAAGUUUCUUGAAUGAUACUUCACUCUAAAAGCAGUUUUCAUGGGUGGGUCUGCUAUAGGAACAGAAAUAUUAAGUGUAUUUCCUUGUACAUUUAAUAUUUAUAUCCAAAAUAUUUCAGUAUGACUACAUAUAUCAGGAUGUGUUAAAGAGUAAUUUAUGCACAGCUCCCACAGAAAGAGAAUAGCACUUGAAGAUCCCUGUACUGUUUCCUCAGUGGUAACUUUUAUAUACAAGCAAGGUUAAUCCAAUUGGACUAGUCAACAUCUUUAUAUGAAAAACAAACCCUCUGUUUUUAUUUUGUUACUGGUAGGGUAGAAAAUACACUAUUAAUGAAAAUGAUAAAACGCUAAGGAAAAAUACCUUGUUCAGUGUAUGUAGAAAGAGUGCCAAACACACAUCAGGAAUCUCAAUUUCUUAAUGUUACCUCUUCCAUUCUCAAUUAUCUGAAGUAGUCACUUGGCACUGCCCUACUCUCUGCUGUUCUGAAAUGUCCCAGCAUGUACUGGAGCGAUACCAUGAGUCAUAGGAGCAGAGUGCCUGUCAUAGGACAAAGGUAAGUUGUGCUUUAUUCAGUUCUGUAUGAAUAUUUCUUCUAUAAAUUACAAGUGUGUGAAGUUACUUUUUAAUUAACCAGUUGAACUACAGCAUGUAAAGGCAUCAUCUUUGAUGAUGAAAUGGGGAAGAGGAUACAAUUAACUUUAGUCAAAAAAGAAAGCCUUCCAGUAAGUAAGAGGAGGAGUUUGACAUGAUUACAGUAAAGUAUGCAGUAGGAGUGGUUUAAAAGCAAACUCUCCAAGAAUGGCUGUUUGCACCCUUAAGCAGACUGUGUGCUCUGUUACUAAUGUAAAUGCCAGUGUGACUGCCUGAGAACAGUGUGUACUUGGACAUCUGUUUGAGUAAGAAAUUUUUGGUAGUGAGGGUUUCAUGACCAAGAGAGGGAGGAAUCAAGGCCUGGCCAAUUACAAUUGAAAUACUCCAGCUUGUGUUACGUGCUUCUGUUGGUACUCAAAAGUAGAUGCUGUUUAAAAAUAUUGCAUCUUUUAUGUUGGCCCUGUGGUGUUGCAAUUCAGAAUCAAAAGCAAGUGGUGCUCUGUGUAGUUAACCAAUGAAGCUAUUUGAACAUUAGAAAACAAAAUUCUAAUAAAAAACUUGUGCUGCAAGACUUUCAGUCUUUGUAACUUAAAAGUAAUAAAUGGUUACUUGGGAUAACUGGGGAGAACAUGACAGUCUGAGCACACUCUUCAACAUUAAAAAUUCCAGCCCUUAACCAGAGAAGAACAAGUGUGAAAUGGUCACACAGAAAGAACUGCCAAGGGGAUAAUGCUAAUUUUGAAGCCAUUGGUUUAGAUUUGAGAGAGAAGUUUAAGAGACAGUGUCUCAGAUAUACUUGUUUAGGAAGCUGGAAUGUAUGCUGAAAGGAAAAGGUUGCUAAAAGCUAAGGAGCUACACAUUGCCUCCUCUAAUAAAUACAAUACAACCUAAUUGUUACUUACACAUUUCUCAAAACCUGGGAUGGAAAUAGAAUUGGUAACGUGCCUAUGACGUGGUCAUUUUUUCUUUAAAUAUGUACCAGAAAUGGAUGUCGGGUUUUUUAUGAAUUCUGAGACAGACACCAGCAAAUUUGUUAAAGAUGCAGAAUCACAUUUAGGGUCCAUCAGGUCACUUCACCAAUAUGCACUUAAAAACUAGUAUCACCUGGGGCACAGGGAGAUACCUGGGAUAAGCUGUUCUUUUGGGGAGGGUAGAGUUCAGAUCUAAAUGAAAACUAUUCUUCACUUGCAAUAUGGCAACAAUGCACUUUUAAGGCUGCAAUUUUUAGCUAUGAAUAUAUAUGUCCAAAGACCUAGCUUAAGGAGGUGCUGCAUCUGAAAAACAUGUUGCCACACACACUGCCACGGUGAAUAGCUAAGGAAUGA